AUGCCGCCUGGUGACAUGCUGAUAGGAAUUGAUUUACUUAGGAGGGUGGAUUUCAAGCUGUCCCAUGGGACACUUACUCUGGGAAGACAGACGCUCUCAAUGGUAUAUACUGACGCUGCAUCACUGCACAUAUCCGUGAUAAAUGUCACCAAUGGGUCUUCCCAAGUGAAACCAGCUGCCGUGCAUCUACUACGGAAGAUGGAGGUUCCUCCCCACUCAGGUUGCUUUUUAGAGGCCCGUAUAGCCCGAACUGGUCCAACAGAUGGGGAUGUACUGGCAACAAUCCAACCUCCGAAAGUAUUACCAGCCGACGCGAGUCCUCAACAUUUCCGGGAAUGGAAGUGCGAAUGGUCUGAUUAUGCUGUCAUGGUGGAUCUCCUCAGUCUGCCAUCACCAAAGCAGCAUAUACAGCUACGCAUGUGCCUUACACCUGAGAUGCGACGGGUGCUGGAGCACAAGUUAAACGUGCCCGCAGACCCAACAUGCUCAGUAGAUGAUGUACUGACAAAGCUCGAGGAGCAUAUAAAAAAUGCCAGUAAUGAGGCGCUGCGACGGAAUGCCUUCUCCGACUGCGAGCAAGCAGACGGCGAGUGCUUCGAUGACUUUUGGAUACGGCUGAAAAUCUUGUCACAGGAAAUAGACCUUUGCAAGGCUCAGGACCAUACAUGCUGUGAGCAGUGGAUGAAACACGGCAUAUUAAUAGGUAUACGUGAUGAGGAACUUACCCAGAAGCUCAUUCAGAUGGACUGUUCAGCGACAUUGCAAGAUGUUUUGGAGAAAUGCAGAGAUAAAAAGGCUGCCCUGAAGCAGAAGUCUAAGAUGAGACCUAGCUCACCUAUGCCUAGUAAAGUAUGCAACUGCUGUGGUUGUCAACAUGAAAAAGGUCUGUGCAGAGCCACUACUUCCACAUGUCGUGCUUGUGGCAAGAAAGGCCAUUGGCAUUCUACUGCAAAGUGUCCUGCCAGGAAUGCCAGAUGUAAGAUCUGCAAUCGGCAGGGACACUAUGAUUACUGCUGUCCAAAGAAACGGAAGGCUAAGAAGGCAAAAGAAGAGGACACAAACCAGAACUUGAAUGUAGUAAGUUCUGUAUCCCCUUCAGUGUCACAUGCCAGGAGUGUCACCUCUACUGCACGUCCUAAACCUCAGCCUUCCCCUAAAGUCCGCGUAUCUAUUCGGCAUAAUGAUUCAUCAGGUAGUCUUGCCAUCAUCCCUGACACAGGUGCAGACACAACUGUCAUUGGACUCAAGCAUCUUAGUAGUCUUGGACUUUCGAAAGAAGACUUGGCACCACCAGCAGAGACAGUGUACUACAAUGCAGAUGGGUCACAGAUGCCACCAGUGGCUGGAUCAUUUUGUGGAACUAUCACCUAUGGUGAUUGUUCGACUACAUGUUGGAUUGAUGUACAGCCUUCGCUUACGACCCCGCUGCUCUCUUGGAAGGAGUGCAAGGAUUUGGGAAUUGUUCCGGACUAUUUCCCCAGGCAAUUGUCGGAUGUGCACAUGGCCAAUCGAGUCCAUGGUCCGGAUAGUACACCAGUAUUGAACCCCUCUCUGUUGCUGCCUUUACCGCUGAACCAGUUGAAGUCACCUGAAGAAGCAAGGAAGUAUUUUCUGCAUCAGUAUGCAGACGUCUUGCCAGUAGAGGAUGAACCAUCAGAUUGGUGUCAUCCAAUGGUUGUUGUCCCAAAAGUGAAUGGUGGUGUUCGUAUUACCACAGACCUGUCAAAACUCAACAGGUAUUGUCGUGGCCCCAUGGGUUUUGCUGCAACAGGAGACGCCUUUUGUCUCCGAGGUGACAGGGCACUUCAGGGAGUGACGAACUGCAUCAAAGUUGUGGAUGACAUUCUCCUACAUGAUGAGGACUACAUCUCACACCUUCAACGAGUAAAUGAAGUCCUGUCAAGGUGUCGUCAGCACGGGAUAACACUUAAUGCAGAGAAGUUCAUUGUGGCUGCAUCUGAGGCCAGCUUCUGUGGGUACAAACUAUCAAGAUAUGGUAUUGAAGCAGACCCAGAGAAGGUGAGGGCCAUCACAGAGUUUCCUACCCCUGCGAACUUAACAGAUCUUCGGUCAUUUAUGGGUUUGGUAAAUCAACUGGCUGAGUUUACACCCAAGAUUUCGACCACUGCAGCACCGCUCCGCCCACUGAUGAGUCCAAAAAGAGCUUUUACUUGGACAGUGGACCACACCAAAGCUUUUAUUGACACUAAACAAGCUUUGUCAAAGCCACCCAUACUCGCGACGUUUGAUCCAGCUCUUCCUACCACUCUGCAGACCGACGCCUCUAGACUCUAUGGCCUCGGCUAUGUGUUGCUGCAGGACCAUGGUGCUGGAAGAUACAAGAUGGUGCAAUGUGGAUCUCGUUUCUUGACAGAUACAGAAACACGGUAUGCGACCAUCGAAUUGGAAAUGCAAGCUGUCGUUUGGGCUAUCAACAAGUGCAAGUUCUAUCUUCGUGGACUUCAGCACUUCAGUUUGAUGACAGAUCACCGUCCAUUGGUUCCCAUUUUGAACCAUUAUUCUCUGGAUGCCAUUGAAAAUCCUCGCCUCCAGCGCAUGAAGGAUAAAGUCGCACCCUAUAUUUUCACUGCAAUGUGGCGUGCAGGUAAGGAGUUGUGCAUUCCUGAUGCCCUCUCCCGGUCACCUGUGAGUCACCCAACGGUGGAAGAUGGGACCUUCAAUACUGAGAUGGACUCUUCUGUCAAGAUUGCGGCUUUGCAUGCUGUCAAGUCUGUUCAAGCAUCAGACGCUAUAGACAAGCAAGAGGAUCUCUUCAUGGAAGAAUUGCGUAUGGCUGCAUCUAAGGAUGCCUCAUAUGAAGAUUUGCUUCAUCAUGUAAAGUCAGGGUUCCCCAAUGACCGCUACAACCUGCCAAGUACCCUGCGUCCGUACUGGAAAAUUCGCAAUGAGUUGUACAACGAUGGUGACUUGGUGCUGUAUGGACCUAGAGUGGUUGUCCCUGCUUCUUUACGCCGUAGCACCCUCGCUCGCCUGCAUGAUUGCCACUCUGGUGUGGAAGCUACAAAGCGUCAUGCACAACAGACAGUCUUUUGGCCAGGCAUUAAUGCAGACAUAGUGAAUACUGUUCGUGCCUGUGAACCAUGCCAGCGCCUAUAG